CUGAAAACAAACGCCAACAGUCCUUAUUUCAGAUAGUUAAGUAUCAAUAGAUGUCCGGUAGAUGUCGCAUCCUCCAAUCUGCCUCCAAUCUGAAAUGGCGCUGCUGCCUACGCCGCCUCGGCUCGCUGAAGUCGUCGCCAUUUUGAAAUCCAAAUCGCUCACACUACACCCGCUCUAUAAACUGGAACUAUGCCGCGGGGCCGGCCGCGAAAACAAAGGAUUAAAGAUGACGGCGAAAUCGAUGGAGGUCAUGAAGCAAGUUCAGAAAGCCAGAAGCAUACGGAAAACAAAUGUAAUAUUUGCUCCCAGAAUUUUCCCAGUGACAGUCAACUUCAGAGACACCUACGAGACCAUGAUGUCAAUGAUAAGCCAUAUCGGUGUGACCAGUGUCCUAUGUCCUUUAAUGUGGAAUACAAUCUUGACCUUCAUAAAUCCACUCACACCACCAGUGAUCCCAAAUGCCCAGUAUGCAAUAAGAAGUUCUCAAGAGUGGCCAGUCUGAAGGCUCAUGUCAUGAUACACGAAAAAGAAGAGAACUUCCUGUGCUCUGAGUGUGGAGAUGAAUUUAUUCUUCAGAGUCAGCUUUCUUUGCAUCUUGAGGAACAUAGGGAAGAACUCAGUGGAACAAAGUCACACACUUGCAAGACCUGCAGCAAAGAGUUCUCAACACAAAACCAGCUGAAAGAACAUUUGAAAAGUCAUGCUAAGAUCAGGCCUGUUAUAACAAGUUCAAGAAACUAUAAGAGCAUUGAUCGGAGAGGAUUCAAAAACAUUUGUCAUCACUGUGGGAAGACGUUUAAAAAACCCAGUCAGCUUGUUAGACAUAUACGCAUUCACACAGGUGAGAGGCCAUAUAAAUGCACUCACUGUGGAAAGGCCUUCAACCAAAAGGUGGUGCUGCAGACACACAUGGUGCGACAUACAGGGGAGAAACCUCACAUGUGCUUGCUUUGUCCUGCCUCUUUCUCCCAAAAAGGAAACCUUCAUUCGCAUGUUCAGAGAGUUCACUCACAGGCAAGUGAUGUUCCACUCUUCCCAUGUAUGGAUUGUAGCUGUGUCUAUAAAAAGCUUGGCAGCCUCAACGCUCACAUCAGCAAAAUGCACAUAUCAGUAAUGGAAGUUGAGGAGCCAGCAACACAGAAAGGAAAUUCAAGGGUUGAUCAGGGUGCAGUGGGAUCAGAAGGGGCAGAGGGUGUGACAGAUGUGAUCCAACAGCUGCUGGAGCUGUCUGACCAUGUGACGGCAGACAGUGCUCAAGCACCUCCCCCUGGGCAGCCCAUAGGCACGGCAAUCAACCAGGACAUCCUACAGCAAGCUCUGGAGAACAGUGGACUGACUGAGAUUCCAGUUCAGCCUGAAACUCAGAGCAGCUCAGAAAAACUUCAGCCAGACACAGCUGCCCCGACUGCCACUUCAACAAAUGAUGGACCAGUCCCCUCAAAAAUACUUAUGACUGACACUGUUGUAAAAAAGGAGAAAAGAAGCAUUAUCAAAAAGCCUCCACAGAUGCUAGGCACCAUCAGGCAGGAGAAUGGUGUGAGGUGGCACGGCUGUCCAUACUGCUCCAAAGAGUUCAAGAAACCCAGCGAUCUGGUCCGUCAUAUCCGUAUUCACACUCAUGAAAAACCCUACAAGUGCAAGCAGUGCUUCCGUGCCUUUGCAGUCAAGAGCACCCUGACUGCCCACAUGAAGAUCCACACAGGCAUUAAAGCUUUUGUGUGUCAGUACUGCAUGAAAUGUUUCUCCACAUCUGGGAGCAUGAAGGUCCAUCAGCGUCUCCACACUGGUUUACGGCCGUUCCCUUGUCCUCACUGCGAGAAGUUCUUCCGUACAUCAGGCCACAGGAAAACGCAUGUCACCUCACACUUUAAGAGUAUACACCAUAAAAAACACAAAUACCCUCGAAAAACUCACAAAACCAGAGUGUCCAGGAGCAAUCUGCCUUUGCCUGAUAUACCUCUCCAGGAGCCAAUACUCAUCACAGACAUGGGUACGGAAGAUCAUCAACAAAGUGUUUCCAUGUAUGAGCUGGCUCAACAGCUGCAACAGCAGCAGAGCUCAAAUGACAUGCAGCCCUCCACAGCUGUGGUUGGCGCAGGGACCCAGAGCAUGCUUGAGGUGGUGGGAGACGGCCAACAGGUGGCACUGGGGGAAGAUGCUCUGCAAGAAACAGAAUCGUUUGUGAGUGUGCAGCAUGCACACAUGGGACAGUUUGAGGCACCAGCGCUGUCUCAGCCCACAUUUGAACAGCCAGCUAUGACGCAAGGUUUCACUAUAGCUGAGGGAUUUACUCAGCAGGCACAUUUCUCUACAGUACAGCAGCUUCAGGACUCAAGCACACUGGAGUCACAAGCCUUGACGGCCAGCUACCACCCUCCCAACCUACUGUGCAGUAUGUGUGAUAAGAGCUUUAAAAAGUCCAGUCACCUAAAGCAGCAUGUGCGCUCUCACACUGGAGAGAAACCUUAUCGCUGUAACCUCUGUGGGAGGAGCUUUGUGUCCGCUGGAGUGCUCAAAUCACACCUGAACACACACACAGGAGUGAAGGCUUAUAAGUGUAACAUUUGUGACACCUGCUUCACCACUAACGGUAGUCUGAACCGACACAUGGUCAUCCACUUGAACACAAAGCCCUUCAAGUGCACAGUCUGCGAGGAAAGCUUCCGCACCAUCAUGCUGCGCAGGAAACACAUGAAACUCCUGCAUGCUGUAGGUCCCAAAGUUCUGGAAACUGAUGAAGCCGGUGAGGAGGAGGAUGAUGGGUCAGACCGCUCAGGGAUGAAAAGAAACCGCAACGGUAUCAUCACGUUAACUGAAGAGCAGACAGCAGAGCUGGCGAAGAGAGACCCUGGGGAUGAGGCAUCUCUAUCAGAGAAGGUUCUUGCCCAGACAGCUGCUGAACGAGAUCGAAUCAGUGAAGUUAAAGACAAAUGUGUUGAGCUCAACAUAGAGCCAAAGUUUGCAAACCGUUGCCAAUUCUGCCCAAAGAGCUUCAAGAAGCCCAGUGACCUGGUGAGACACAUCCGGAUUCAUACAGGCGAGAAACCGUACAAGUGCGAUGAGUGUGAAAAGUGUUUCACAGUGAAAUCCACAUUGGACUGUCAUAUUAAGACACACUCAGGGCAGAAGCUGUUCAGCUGUCACAUGUGCAACACAUCCUUCUCCACGAAGGGCAGUCUCAAGGUCCACAUGCGUUUACACACUGGCUCCAAACCCUUCAAGUGCCCUCACUGUGAUCUCCGCUUCCGGACAUCUGGUCACCGCAAGACCCACAUCCAGGGUCACAUCCGGCCCUCGGACCGGAAGGCCAAGCGGAGCUCCAGCACUGAGCCACAAAGCUCAGGAAGACAAGAAGUCCAAAGUGUUCCUCAGACUCAUCAUCCCUCCCGAGCUGUGGACACUCAGCCUUCUAUGGGAUUAUUACAGACUGCCACGACAGAUCCUAACAUCUACAUCCCAGGAAACGCAGUGCUCGCAGGCCAAUAUGACCCCAGUCUGCUGCAGCAAGGGCUGGUAGGGCAAGCUAUACUGCCUGCUACUGUGUCAGCGGGUGGGGAUCUGACUGUGUCUUUGACCGAGGGUCUCGCUACACUUGAAGGCAUUCACUUGCAGCUCACACCUGCAAACCUGGUGUGUCCAAAUGUGCAGAUCUCUGGGAUUGACCCCAGCAACAUCAACAACAUCACUUUGCAGAUCGACCCUAGUAUUCUGCAGCACGGCAGUUUGCUGUCUCACUCUCUGACGACUGACUCAGGUCUGACGCCGCACGCAACAGCUCACCUCAUGACUGCUGGAGAUGCUUCGGUUCCUGCUAAUGUAGUCAUUCACCCUCUGAGUGGCCUCUCGCUGCAACCUCAAGCCGCCCCAGCCAGCGUCACAAUCAGCAGCCUGACAAACGAGCAGGAUAAUGCCAGUUCUCAGGAGCUGUCACAAGUGUCUAAUGCUGCAGGUCUUGUAAGCGGUGGCAACGGUGCUCCAGAAAUCACACUGACUAUUAAUAAUUCCAGUCUGACACAAGCUUUAGUACAGACCAGUGCUACUGUGUCUACACCUGUCUCCAGUACAUCAGAGAUCACACUCACUAUAGCAGGUCAGGACCUGUUACCCCAGCACUGUCCAACCUCUACUCCAACUAUGAACACUGAGAUCAGACUUGCUUCAGGCAGCAGCAGUCUGACGAUAAGCAAUGAGCAGCUCCUUCCUCAGAGUCCUCCUCCCUCAGCUAUGACUGUCAAUGCACUGGCACCCAGCACCUCCCUAUCCCAGACAGGCAUGUCAGCUCAGAGCCUGGUAAUGUCAACAGCGGGCAUGGCCAGCGAUGGCAGCGUGACUCUGACUCUAGCGGACACACAGAUACUGGAUACGGUUUCUCUCAACCUGAACACACAGAUCAUAGAUAACCAGACGGAGGUGAAGGAAGCAGAGAUACAGCAAAAGCACCAGUGUUACUACUGCAGUCAGGUGCUGCUGACAGCAAAUGCUCUCAGAAGACACUGCAGACAGGCUCAUGGAAAGGACCGCUGCCAUGUGUGCCGUGUCUGCAAUAAAGCUUUCAAACGAGCCACACACCUCAAGGAGCAUGAGUAUGUCCAUAAGAAGGGACCCAAAGUGAACUCUCAGAAACCCAAAGUGUUCAAAUGCCCUAACUGUGACAAAGCCUUUUCCAAACCCAGCCAGUUAGAAAGACACAAUCGCACACACACAGGUGAACGGCCCUUUAAGUGUCCGCUGUGUGACAAAGCGUUCAAUCAGAAAAGUGCUCUGCAGGUGCACAGGGUCAAACACACAGGCGAGAAGCCCUACAGAUGUGAAGUGUGCACUAUUAGCUUCACUCAAAAGAGCAACAUGAAGCUGCAUAUGAAGAGAUCUCAUGGUUAUCUGCCGUCCUCCAACAAACUGAUUGCAAAACCACAGGAAGUAGAAGUGGUGUUGGAACACGAUUCUGAGUCAGAUUCCCAGCAGGCACCGUCACAGGAGGGCAAAGAGACUCAGUCAGACCUGGAUCUGGAGGAGGUGGUGCAGGAGUCUUCAGAAGACUGGCAGUGUCCCAUCCCCACAGUCUUCCCAUGAACACCUGACAGCAGCACACAUUCAGCUCGAUUUGAUUUCAGUAACAUUUGCAUAAUUUGAUAUUAGCAAUGCCAAUUACUAUCUUUUUAUUCUUGCCAGCAAGUGUGACUUACAUUGCACAAAUCACACAUUUCUUUAAGUGAAUGUACAUGAUUUUGUAUACUUCUUGUUACAUUAGAAAACCAGUCAAAGACAGAACUUGCUGUUGUGUUUGAAAGUUGCAUUUUUUAAAGGUUUUUUUUUCUUUCUUUUUUUUUUGUAUUGCUAUUUUUAAUUUGGAGCCAUAUUUGUCACUACUAAAGUAAAGAUUGUAAUUGUGUAUUGGAAUGGACAUUCUGUAGUUUUCAGUUGUAUCCUUACCUGUGGUAAAACUAAAACACCUAUUUAGCACAGACAACACUGUCUGACAUUGUCAGUAUGUCAAAAGACUGUAUAAUUACAUCUAAUAUACUAGAGCUGUAGAGCGGUUUAUUUGAUUUAAUCCUCGAUAUAUCAUAUAAAUCAGUUUUAUAGGAACAAUCCAAUUUUGGCAAACAUUUUUGUAAUAUGCAAAAAUAUUUAAGA